GUUUCGGUCUCGUCGAGCAGAUUUAUUCGUUGCCGAGAUAAGUAUUUGGAGGUCGAGCGAAAUUGGUUAUUUAUUUGUGGAAAAAUUUGACGUGAAACACGAGAAGUUCAUGUGUUCGUUGUUUAUACAUGCAGAUUCGAGACGCUCGAGACUGCUGACCUGAAAUGCGUCUGUCAACAGAGUUUGGGUUGCUAUCAUUUCUGAUAUUAUGGCGGUUAAUCAACGUAAUUGUGGUACGGACUACUCACGUGCCAGACGAGUACUGGCAGUCAUUGGAGGUGGCUCAUCGUUUGGCGUUUAGUUAUGGAUAUCUUACAUGGGAAUGGACAACAAUGAUUCGUAGUUACAUGUAUCCGUUCCUCAUAUCGAUUCUUUAUCGGAUACUUGCCAUACUUUCCUUGGAUUAUGUGCUGCUGCUGACGAUCCUACCCCGUGUCUUUCAAGCUAUUCUCGUUGCCUAUGCGGACUACAGAUUUUACCAAUGGACUCAGAACAAGUGGAUGCUGCUCUCCUUGUGCUUGAAUCCAUUCUGGUAUUAUUGUGCCACUAGGACAUUGAUAAACUCAGUGGAAACUGCAUUUACUAUUAUAGCGUUAUCAAUUUAUCCAUGGAGAGGAAGCCAUGCGCAAAACUUAAACUAUUUGUGGAUCAUAGGUUUUCUCUGUAUGGUAAGACCCACCACUGCAAUUAUGUGGUUUCCAUUGUGUUUCCGUCACAUUUUUGGCAUUUACUAUUUUCAACCAAAAAAGAAGGUACUGCUUGGUCGGUGUAUUUUAAUAGGUUCUACUUGUGCCAUAAUUUCUAUAUUAGUAGAUAGUUACUGUUAUGGAACGUUUGUUAUAACUCCUUGGAAGUUCUUCCAAGUGAACGUGCUUAGGGGUGUCGGGAGCACAUACGGCACCAACCACUUGGUAUGGUACUUUUUUGUCGCUUUACCUGUGCUGCUCGGGUCACAUUUAUUUCCAUUUCUAUUUGCUUGCUACGUAAUGUAUAAGCGUCCUAAUUCUUAUUUUCAAGAAAUUCAUAUGCUAGUAGUAAUCUGUUGGACUUUAAACAUCUACACGUUAAUGUCUCAUAAGGAAUUUCGAUUUAUCUUACCACUUUUGCCAUUGUUAAUAUACACAAGUUUCGCUGGUCUUAAUCGUUUGCUUAUAAACAUUAAUGCUAAUGUGUUUAAAAUAAUCGUAGCAGUACUCAUGUGCAGCAAUAUCAUAGUUGGAUUGUUCAUUUCCAUGAUUCACCAAUGUGGCACAUUGACGAUAAUGGAGAAUCUGCGAAAGGAAAUUACUCGUACAAAUACUUCAUUGACGGACACACUGAUUUUGACUCCAUGCCACAGCACGCCAUUGUACAGUCAUUUACAUGUAAACAUAUCGAUAAGAUUUUUAACAUGCGAGCCUAAUUUUAGCAACACUAAAAACUAUAUAGACGAAGCCGAUCAAUUCUUUGCGAAUGCAACAAUCUGGCUUAGAGAUAAUUAUAUUAACAAUGCGAAAGUUACAUUACCAACUUAUGUGAUUGCAUUUGAUAAAGUUGCGAGCGAAAUAUCUGAAUUUUUACGUACAUAUAAGUUGAUUGCCAAAGAAUUUUAUACAUUCAGAUCAUUAACGGCAGGGAAUUACGCAGAAAAUAUAUUAUUAUAUAAGCAUGUGUAA